AUGACGACAAAUGAGCUGCCAGCCCUAAAAAUUUAUUGGGAUGGUACAAUAUUAUCGACUCCGGGUGGAGUUGAUUAUGUUUCUGGUAAAUCAGAACUGGUUCAACUGACGAGUGUAGUGAAUUUUGCACAACUACAAGUCGUAAUUAGAAGGGUAAUUGGGCUGAAGGAUGGUGACGAGAUAGUGAAGAUUUAUCUACGAGUGCCUCGGUUCGAUGAACAUGGAAGAUUUCAAAAAUAUGAUGGUUUUCCUAUGGAGACAGAUGUUCAUAUGCAAGCAAUGUGGCGUAAUGUUUCGCGGACGCCACAAAUGAGGGUACUUGAGUUUUAUAUUGUGUACAAUCCGUUAUCUCAAGUACGUGCGGAUGGAGACGACUGUGCGGAUGUAGACGACUCUGUAGAUGUAGACGAUUGUGCGGAUGUAGACGACUGUGCGGAUGUAGACGAUGGUGAUGAUUUUAGUGAUGAGGAUGAGGAAGAAGAACACUUCUACGGGGCCGUUGCUGAUGACAACGAGAAUGAUGAUGAUGAUGACAUCGGUGGUGAUAAUGGAGAUGGCACCCAUGGUGAGAAUGUCGGUGGUCGGUCGGAACAAAAUACAGAUCAUUUUGAGUCGCGCCUUCCUCAUGAGUACACGCAUCAGAAUGUUGACGACAUGUGUGUCAAUAUGAAUCUGUGGCCUAAAGAAAAUGCAAUAUGGGAAGCAGGCAAAGAGUUUGAAUUGGGGAUGGUUUUUAGUUCGAGGUAUGCUGUCCAGACAUGCGCGGCGAGUUAUCACAUUGCAGCUAAUAAAGAAUACAAGAGCAGUGAAACAACUGGUAAAACAAUAGUUCUUGUGUGUGUGAACAAUGACACUUGCAAUUGGAGGUUGCGUGCGUCGCUUUUAAAAGGCGAGUCAGACUGGAUGAUAACAAGAUAUAACGGCCCCCACCAAUGCAGCGGCCAAUCAAUGAACCAAGACCAUCGCAAUUUAAGAGCGCGACAGAUAGCUGACCACAUCGACACGCAAUUGCAUCUGCAACGUGACAUUAGGAUUAAAACGCUUCAAGAGGGCAUUUUUCAAAAACUGCGAGUUAGGCCUGGAUACAAAAAAACUUGGAGAUUUGCAAUUUUAUGA